CGUCAUUAGUCAAAAUGGAUAAAAUCGAUCAACUGUCUAUAAAACGAUAAGAAUUUGAUCGGUCGUUGAACUCACCAUCGGUGUACUCUAUCGUUGGCGAUCAGUGUCGUCCAUCACUUCAGUCGCAAAACCCAUAUCGGUCAGGGAUACAAUGGAGCGAUUUGUCAUACUGCUUUUGAUCGUGUUCGCUACGGAUAUUGCAAGAUCCAGCGAUCUUGUGGACCUGGCGUGCACGAGCGAUCACGACUGUGAACCGUUUCGCAGUGCGACACUGAACUCCACGUGUGUACAGGAGCACUGCCGGUGCACUGACCUGUCGCAGGACGGCAAUGCCACCGAGUGUAAGCCGUUGGUUAACCGAGUUUCCAACCAGAUCGGUGGUCAAUGUCCGUGCCAGGUUGCGAAUUCGUUUUGCCACGAGCAAACGAACCGGUGCGUCUGCAAGGACGGGUUUCUCCCGAGCCGGGUGGAGAAGAAGUGUGUCCACAAAUCCGUACAGCUGGGUGGUGAGUGCGAAAAUAACGAGCAGUGCUCCAACCACGAUCACUUUGCCGAUUGUGACAGUACCAAACAGGUUUGCCAGUGUCAGGAACACUUCAUCAUCUACGAGGGAGCUUGUCAUUCGAUAAUAGCGGUAGCUAACCUCACGAAGCCUUGUGACACCGACGGUGAUUGUGCGAACGGGACGGCUAACUCGAUUUGCCACGCCGGCCAGUGCAUCUGCGGCGUGGACUAUGUGACGGACGCAACCAACAGCAGCUGUCUGGCGGUGGCCGAGCUCGAUCAACCUUGCAUCGAUUCGAACCAGUGCAUUGCCUCGCUCGGGGUCGGCUCGAUCUGCUACCAGCAGAAAUGCGUCUGCGAUAGUAAUCACUUCCAAUUUCCGUUGCACCUCACCAACGAAACGACCGGACAGCAUCGGGUGCAGAAUGUUUGCGAGCGGAAAAUCGUGCACGGAGACAGUUGUAACGAUGAUCAAAACUGUUACCAAUUCCACGUAGGACCGCACGAACAAACGAUGGAAUGUUUUAUGAAUGCUUGCGUAUGUUUAAGCGGAUUCGUUGAGAAGAAUAACAUAUGCUUUAAAGCCAAUUCCGGUACGACCUUAGUACCAUCUCUUGUGCUGUUAACCACUGUUUUACUGAGUGUUUCUUCUCAUAUUGCAUUGUCCUAAAGGAAAGGACAUACAACUCAAAGUGAUAACUUCGCCCUGAUUUCUUUGUUGCACGAAAUCGUUAUUAGUUAUUUUGUGUUAUUUGUUAUAUAUUGAAAUAAAGCUUUCAUAGAAAAUG